AUGGCCCUGUCUUUUCCGGCUUUGGUCGCCCCGACAUUAGGGGACAUCACCGUCAAGCCGUACUGCGAUGCCCAUGCUUUACCCUCACCGGCAACAAUAACCCUAGACGAAAUCACCCUCACUGUGGAGACCAGCCAAAUAUAUGAGACUACCAUGGCCUGCCACAACGAACAGCUCAACACAGCCUCAGAUGCUCUAGAAUCUAUCAGCUGUGGUAGCGCCACUGUUGUUCAAGAUGCGAUCACUCUUACAGAGAUCGCCCCCAACGUCAAGGUCACUGGGACAUGUCAAGAGAGCUUUGAUACGGGUACUAGCGACUGCUCCGGAGUCAUCCUAGAGCAUGAACCUACCAGCUUCAGCUCCACUGGAGGCCCAGCCACCUCUCAGCCUGUAA